UCCUCCUCCCCUUCCCUCUCUACACUCAACCGUAAAGCUCACCACCGCCGCCAAGGCUGCGACCGCAGGAAUCCAAUCAACUGCCAAGAAGAACCAGCAAGUUGAGCCGCUUACUGCGCCUUGUGAUUUAAGCAAUAAUUUCGGGCAUGGAGACCAAGGAAUCCACGGUGGCAGGGCGGGUGGCGGCGGCGGACGGCAGCGGGGCCCGCGGUCGGCUGCCGCCGGGGUUCCGGUUCCGCCCUACCGACUUGGAGCUGGUUGUGCACUACCUCCGGCGCAGGGCGCUGUCGUCCCCGCUUCCCGCCGAGGUGGACAUCCCCGAAAUCCGCAUCCUCGCGCACGACCCUUCCGACCUCCUGCCCCCAGGGUGGGCAGAGGAGGAGCGGUACUUUUUCACUUGCAAGGAGGCCAAGUACGUAAAGGGCCGGCGCGCGAACCGCGCCACCGGCGCGGGGUACUGGAAGGCGACGGGGAAGGAGAAGCAGGUGGCCGUGAGCGUGCCGGCGCCCAAGGGCGGCGAGCGCCAGGCCGUGGUGGUUGGCAUGAAGCGGUCGCUGGUGUUCUACCGGGGGAAGGCGCCGAGCGGGCAGAAAACGGACUGGGUGAUGCACGAGUACCGCCUCGCCGGCGCCGGGCUCGCCCCGUGCCGCCGCGCGCAGGGCAGCGACGCUCCCGCGCAGCCUUCGGAGGGCUGGGUGCUUUGCCGGUUGUUCAGGAAAAAGAAGGGCGCGGCCACCGCCGCCGACCGAGCCGACGCCACCGAGUCGGCUCGAGAUCCAGUGGACGACGCCGAGAGCAGCGGAGUCCAGUUCAUCGACUUCUUCGCGCGAGCCGAUGCGCUUGGUCGGCCGCGCGCGGCGUCCCCGAAAUCUUCGAGCUGCGUGACCGACGCGUCGGCCGAACAUUGCAGAGAGCAGGAGAGCUCGAGCAGGAGCAGCUGAAGAAUGAAUGGGUAGCAGAGCAAGAAGCUAGAGAGGGAGAGCAUGUAGUAGUAAGCAAACGGAGCUUUUGUAAGUUAUUAUGAUGAUGGUCAGCACUCAGCAGGCUGCCGUUAAGCUUUGUAAGCUGCUUAACAGAGUUUGCAUAUGCAGAAACUAAUGUAUCAGGUUGAUUAA